GGAUUGAUGUUUGCGUGUAUUGCAUUACGUCCAAAAUAUUGUUUACGUAUUUGCUCAUAAAUUUCAAUUUAGAAUACAUAAAAUUAAAGACAUAGAAAACAAUAACAUUAUACACAUAAUUCUAUGAGACCAAAAGCUCAAAGCUUGAACAUUUUAAAUGCUGAACACACAAAUUGACUGACCCAAUUUGAUAGUUUGCAUUCGCUCGUUCGCAACAAAAGCAAAAAAAAAAACAGAACUCGCACAUACUCAUAUAUACACUCACGCACACCCAGAAAGUGAGAAAAAAAAUAAGAAUUGGUAAUGCGAUGAUGCCGCCGCCAACAACGACCACGACGACAUCAACAACAGUCAACGACGCACAGUAGCAUAACAAUUCAAGGCAUACAUUUAUUGGCGCAUUCUAAAGUGAAUUAUAGUCAACAACCGUGGCGACAAAUUAAAUAAUACACACGACACACAUACAUGCAUGCGCUGUCGUGCUCAGCAGACAACCCAACGUUUAAUCAAAUUCACUGAAAUUGUCAUAAAUAAGAAGAGAAUUUUGAAUAACACAACACAAUUUCGGCUAAAAUUAAGUCGUCAAGUAUUUUCCGCAAUUUCUAUGCCGACAUCGUGACUUUCAGCUGCGAAUAAGUUUAGGUUUGUUGUUGUUUCGUGCGGUGUAGGCGUUUAUGAUUUUAACACCCCGUCGAUCGAAUGAAUAAAAUACACCAACUGUUUUGAUUUGUCGCAGAACGAGAGAGAGAAUCCAUUGUUUGGAUCUCUACUAACGUUUUCUAUAAAAACAGUAAGAGUGAAUAACAUUUCAAAGUUGGAAUAUAUUCGAAUCAAAUUCGAUUUUUUUAAAUUUCAAAUGAAUGCAUAACAAUCGAGAUGAGUAUGACAAAUACAAUGCUUCACAUGAGUACUAGUUGUAGUUCAUCUGACGAUACCAAUUCAACUCAAACACAAUCGGGCUUCGUAUCGCCGCCAAUUCGAAACAGCAUUACAUUCGAUAAUUUCGCUAAAAAGCAUAAUAAUGUAACGAAUCAUUUGACAGCCGCCACUGUAACCGCUGUGAAUCCAUCGAAUCAACAAUUGAAUACACAAUCGAUUGCACAAUCAUCAUCAUCAUCGACGUUUCGAAAAUGCCGAAGUUUCAUUCAUCUAACCAAUAUGACGACAACUGGAAAAUGUCAAAGUUCACUCAUUAACGAUACCGAACAUUGUGAUCGUCUUCGAAAAACUGCAUCCACACCGAAUGCCAUUUAUAUGGCUAUCAAACAGGAGCACCAUUUAUUUAUGGUGCACAGGAUCUUCAAUCGUUGCAAGAGUGCCGGGAUCGGGGAGCCAAGCGUCUAUCAUGCGUUAGUUGUGAUAUUUCUAGAGUUUUUCGCAUGGGGACUUCUGACUAUGCCUGUGAUAACCGUCUUAAAUCACACAUUUCCUGACCAUACAUUUCUAAUGAAUGGUUUAGUAAUGGGCAUAAAAGGAAUUCUAUCGUUUCUCAGUGCACCAUUGAUAGGUGCAUUGUCCGAUGUGUGGGGUCGAAAGUUUUUUCUUUUGAUCACCGUAUUUUUCACAUGUGCACCGAUUCCAUUGAUGACAAUCAAUACAUGGUGGUUCUUUGCGAUGAUCUCAAUUAGUGGAGUGUUUGCGGUGACAUUUUCGGUUGUAUUUGCAUACGUUGCCGAUGUCACUACUACUGAGGAUCGAUCAAGAGCCUAUGGCUUGGUAUCAGCCACAUUUGCCGCUAGUCUGGUUAUAUCUCCGGCACUCGGAGAAUAUUUGCGUGAAGUUUAUAGCGAUACAUUAAUUGUAGCCUUAGCCACAGCGAUUGCUGUUUUAGAUGUAUUUUUCAUAUUAGUUGCCGUACCAGAAAGUCUGCCAGAAAAAGUUCGACCGAGCUCAUGGGGAGCUCCGAUAAGUUGGGAACAGGCUGAUCCAUUUGCAGCAUUACGAAAGGCGGGUUUGGAUCAUACGAUCUUAAUGCAAUGUGUCGCUGUAUUUUUAUCGUAUUUACCCGAAGCUGGUCAAUAUUCCUGUAUAUUUGUGUACUUGAAACUGAAGAUGGGUUUCAGUUCGGGUCAAGUUUCAAUAUUUAUAGCCGUUAUCGGUAUUCUAAGUAUAGUUGCCCAAUUAGUGCUAGGCUGUUUGAUGCGGGUGUUUGGAGCUAAACGAACCAUCAUAAUGGGCUUAUUCUUUGAAAUGAUGCAAAUGUUGUGGUAUGGCUUUGGUAGCCAAACAUGGAUGAUGUGGGCGGCAGGUAUAUUAGCUUCAUUGGGAUCAAUAACUUAUCCUGCAAUCAGCGCAUUUGUCUCCAUUCAUUCGGACAUGGACACUCAAGGUGUAAUGCAGGGAAUGGUUACUGGAAUGAGAGGUCUAUGUAAUGGUUUGGGACCAGCCAUGUUCGGUGUGAUAUUUUAUAUAUUCCAUGUUGAUCUAAAUGACGAGCACCAGAAAUUAAAUCAGAACGUCGAUGCAUUGGCCGGCAUACGAAACGAAACGAUAAACACGUUGGAGGAGUAUACGACGUUGGCGCCAGGACCGCCUUUUGUAUUUGGUGCAUUUAUGGUGGCAUUAGCUAUAGUGGUAGCCAUUUUCAUACCAAAUGAACAGAAUGAUCCGAUGCGACGACCAUCCGGUGAGAAGAAGAAAAAACGUGUGUCGCUAGACAUUCACUACGAAUACGAGUAUGAAGGUGGAAGAAAGACUGGACCUCUAUCGCCUCUCAUGCAACAAGAUUCAGCACAGCUAUAGUCAAUAAUAAAUUCAAAAAUGAUUAGAAAAUAAAUUAAUUUUUAGCUUAGAAUUGUCAUUAUCAAUUAUAAAAACAGCAACAGCAACUUCAAAAUGAAACGCUUUCUGAAGAAAUGUUAACAAAAUGAGCGAAAGAUGAAUUAUACUACAAGCGAAUCACAUCCACAUUUACACCCAUACCAAAAGUCCACAUCUAUUUCUUUUUAUAAAAAAAUGUCCAAAUCAUAAUUUGCGUUGUGAACAUAUACUCUCCAACCAAAACGUUAUAUAAAAAAAGAUGAAUAUAAAAAACGUCAUUGAUUGAAUUCAUUUGAUUUUUUGUAACCUACAAUUUUCUUACGAUAUUAGUGGAGUUUAAACAAAAAAAAAUGGAACCCAUCUGACGACACCAUAAAAAUUCAUCGAUAUUAUUUUUUGUUGGUUUUAGUUAUUGAUAAAGAGAGAUAAGUUUGAUAUACUCACUUAGAAACUGCUGUUACAAAUACUAUUUAUGCUGACCACACUCACUUAAGCAGUUGAGCAAUGGAAUUUUGUCUUUCGAUGGAGCCUAAUUAAACUGAAUUAAAAAGUAUUUUAAAUUA